AGAUGGCCGAAGGAGCUGCAGAAUAUGAACUUGUUCCUCCGGAUGGAGGGUGGGGCUGGAUGGUCGUCUUAGGAUGUGCGCUGAGUAAUAUUACCAGCCAGUGCCUGAACACCAUAUUCAGCCUGCUGUUCGGAGAUAAACUGCAGUCCAUGGGCCUCGAGACGACGAGUGCGGCGGUCAUUAUGAACUCCAUGUUCUCAGUAACGCAGUUCUCAGGGCUUCUGACUGGACCAUUACUGAAGAAAUUCUCGAUUCGUCAAGUGUCUCUUGGCGGGGGACUGCUGACUGUGGCUGGCAUGAUCCUCACGAGUUUCGCAAACUCGUUCACCUACAUUAUCAUUACAUACAGUUUGUUAGUAGGUCUGGGUAGUGGUCUCGUCGCACCGGCUGGUUUCCUGGCCGUCAAGGCCUACUUCGUGAAGUACCGCGGGCGCGCCGUCAGCUUCUCCAUGGCGGGCGGCAACGUGGUCCUGAUGGUGAUGCCGCACGUGGUGCGGCUGCUGCUCGACAACUACGGCUUCCUCGGCGCCAUGUUGGUCUUCAGUGGCGUGUCGAUGCAUGGACCCUUGGGCAGCCUCCUCUUCCAUCCGCUCGAGUGGCACGCCAAGCGCAGACCAAUCGCCAGCGAGCUGAGGCCGCUCCAGGGUGAAGUCCAGGAAGGUGCGGACAAGUCUGGUACCGAAGCUGGGAGUCCUCAGGAGCGGAGGACGAGGCGGCGCACCUCAUCGGCCUCACUGGCCACCUCUGAGUUCGGGGAUGCGAGUGACGCGGUACCUGAUGACCGCUCCAGGCGGCGGCCCGUCACCAGCGAAGAGGAUGGAAAUGUCAACCAAGAGGUUGCAGAGACACCUCCGGGUCAACGUUCGCUAUGGCGACGCGCAGUGGCGUUCAUGGACCUGGACUUGCUGCGAAGCGGUGCCUACCUGAACGUUAUGCUGGGCACGGCUGCCAUGGUGACGGCCACCAUAAACUACGCCCUGCUGCUGCCCUUCUACCUGCAGCGGGUCGUCGGGCUGACGCGUUCAGACACGGCGCUCGUCAUCACCAUGAGGGCGAUCGGCGACUGCGUGGCGCGGUUCGGCGUCAACUACUUCACGGACCGGUUCCACGUCCGGCCGCGCAUUACCUUCCUCCUCGGAUCUGUUUUCAGUGCAGUAACUCGCUCAGGGCUGGCCAUGUCUUCAUCGUUGGUGAUGUUGUGCGUGUGGAGUGCUUUGUGUGGAUUCUGUCGGGGCUCUGCUGUUGUCAACACCAACCUCUGCGUCGCAGAAGUCUGCCCUGAAGAGAAGCUGCCAGCUGCCGUCGGACUGAACAUGGUGUUCUGCGGUAUCAUGCUGUUCGCCUUCGGGCCUAUUAUAGGUUACAUCCGCGACGAGACAGGAGAUUAUCCGUUGUGUAUACAUAUCCUCACUGGCCUGUUGUUUUUCUGUAUGCUGCUCUGGCUUAUUGAAGACGUCGUCCACUGGUACCGCCAGAAGAGAUGA